GUCUCGUUUGUCACGCGAAUCGUAAGGCACGUCCUUAAGUGACUCGCAAAAGUACGCUUUACUUAGUACUUUUCCCUCCAUUUUCAUUUUUCUUGAGUGUCGUUCUUACGGAUAACUGCGGUGAAUUUAGAUGUGUCUCUAAGUGCGAAGAAAAAUUACCAAAAUGAAUUGCCAUCUCAAUUAUGUCCACAUAAAGUAAUUAUGCGGAUGGAAAGCUAUUUUAUAUUCUCUUCGUGAUAUCGAGCCACAGGAAGAGAUUCUGUAAUAAAUAAUGCGGGGAGGCUGUUACAGCUGUACUGUUAAAAAUUAAUUACAUUAUCUACACGUUGGGUUAACAUUCAGUAGCUGCACAACAAUCAGAAACGAAGGAGGUUUUCGUUGACUAAGAGACGAAUCGCGACGAAUGACCCCAGAUAGACGAUGACCCCAGAACAUCUUCCUUAUGGAUUCUCGGGGGUUCGGGGAACAGUUGGCUUUAUCAGCGGAGUCGACCUUUUUCCUCUUUUUACUCUAAACUGGACGCCAGGUCGAGGUUAAUACCGAGUUGUCAAUAGAGAUCGUCUUCUUCGAGGAGCCUUUGGUUCUUCAGUUCGCCAUUGCGCGUUCAUCAUGAAGGAGCUUUCCACGAGCAAAGAUCAAUUAUUGUCCUUGGAAGAGGGACACGCCAAGCAGAAAUGCGUUUCGUCAGGAUGGAGAAGCAAAAGCUGUCUCUCUGGCUGGACAAUUAAGACGAUAAAGUUCGUCUUAUACGUAGAAUUGUUACUCUUCGUGGGCUGGGCAUGUUACUCAGGAUGGCAGGCUUAUCAAAUCCAGAACAUGGACCUGGAGGCCAACACGAUAUUGGGUACAAACACAGACAUGUUGAGCAGUCAAAUGUCGAACGAGAACCAGGAGACCCCCCGCGAGGAGCAGAACGCAUUGAAUGACGUUUUUGCUAUGAUCCUGAAGAAUAAGUUCCUUGAGUCGCCAAGUGGCGUUGAUAAAAUUGAAAAUUUGGAGACCACGCGGAAGUCAGUCGAAGAACACGAGUCGGAUGAAAACACAUACAGCAAAGAGUUUAUCAGCGAUGGCAUUGAAUCGCUGCCAAACAUGGCAGCUGCAGAGCACGAGAGGAACGAGUACGAUAAAGAAUCCGCUGAUAGCGGGGGAGCAGUUGAAGAAAUCAUGGAACAUUCGUCCCCCUUAUCGGAUGAUCAUACAGAAGACCCGAACCGGGUUGAUGAGCAUGAAGUUGGGUCUAUGUUGGGUUUAUCGAAUUUAUUUGGGGAUUAUGGGUCCAAUGGUGGAGGAGGUGAAGAACCGAUUUCCGGAGACAUAGGAACCCGUCCGUGGAGGGUUUUGUCGUUAGGUAGUUGGGGUAGAUUAGGGUCUGAUAAUGCCGAGAUGUUGAUGGGGUCAGGGCAGCAGAAUAUUGAUUCGGAUUCGAAGGUUGAAACGACCGUUGAUAGAGAUGCGGAAGAGGGUCUGCCUGGCGGGUUAUGGGCAUAUCAUAACAAAUACUUUAGUUCCCAAAAUCCCUACUGGAUUUCGAACCAGAAAUCAUGGCUGAGAAGUCAUGACAUCGAUGAUGACGGACCUCCCGCAGCAGCGAGCUUAAAGAGACUCUCGCUGUUAUUUAAUAUUCGGGAAGCAAAACGGAAGGAAGCCGAAGAAAGAGCCCAAGAGGCAGCCUUGGCGCAGAAAGCUCUUCAGGAAGCGGAUCUUCAGAGAAAAGAACACGAAGAAUUCCCCGAAGUAGAAUUCCCAAAUUACAGAUUUUUUAAGACCGAGGAAAUGACAGAGGUUCCAGAUUCUGAAGACAAUCCUCAAACAGAAUCUCCAGGAAAUGAAUCAUUCAAGGAAGAAGGUGCAGAACCGCAAACGCGGGGAGAAGAAAUUGCUGAUUUUGAGAAUCCAAUUGGCGGACAUCCAGAGAAAGAAGAAGAAGUUAGGAGCGCAGGAAACGAGAAAGAGCAAGACACUUGGUCACGAAAUCGGGAAGAAAAUGGAGGAAAUGAUAACGAAGAAGUCGCUAAGACUGGUGAUGUGGCUGAGGGAAAUCAGGAGGGGCUAAAGACACUCGAGCCAGAAACUCUUGCGUGGGAAAACUUUAAGGAGUCUUCUAAAGAGAAAAGUGGAAGCGACGAAGGUGAAGAACGGACAGCAGGAGUUCCUGAUAACUUCCAGAAUCCUGACGACAGUUUGGAAUUGACGCUGCAACUUUACAACUCAUCUGGGAAGAAAGACGCUUUCUACGAGCAGCAACUGAUAGACAUGAUUCUAAUGCUCGCUAAGCACUACUCCACUGAAGAUAACGCAAAACUAAUGAAAGAAGACGAGGUGAUGAAAUUCAUGGGGGACGAAGUGCAGUCAGAGAAGCAGAAGGCGAACAACGGAGAAAGUCAGGAUGAAAAUUCCUUCAAAGUCCCCUACGUCUUUUCCGAAAACGAUGACGAAGAUUUACUGGUGGAGCCCGAGUCGUAUUUCAAUGUCGCCAAGUCGGAGGAGAACGAUUCCCUUUAUGAAUCCAUUUGGGAAACUCUUAAGGGAGCCAAAAAGGAAGUGUCUUCGAAAAGGAGCAAAGAGGAAUGCUCGAAGACCUUAAAACCUCUACUGGACAAGUUGAACGAGCUUUCAUCCAAAGCUAACGAGAAUGGUUCCGAGAUGGUAGGGGGGAAGCGAAUUGGGUCUUUGGAGCUGAACAACAUCAUCAGCUCCGUGACUUCGCUGAUCAUGGAGCUGAUUCGAAUGACCGAGGAAGAGGAAACUGUUACCGAUGAAGAAGGAAUGGGGAGUGAGGAGAUUGAUGAUUCUAGGGAUCUGCAGGAAGAAGAAUCUACCAGGGAUCCGACACAGAUGAUGUUUUUCAAUUUCGAUCGGACAGAUGAGGAGGCGAAUGAAAGCGAGGAGGGAAAUUCGCGUUUUGAUGAUCAGACCGCAGUUUCUGUCGCACCUUCUCUUUCAACUGUACCGUUUUUAAUGAUGUAUCAUGAACGGUACUACGAUUACGACGAAGAUAUGAAUGAAAAGAAGGAGGAAGGUCUAGAUGAUGAUUUCAAGAAGUUGGUCCCCCAACCUACGGCUAAUUUGUCCACUUCCGAUGAUCAGGAUGAUGAAGAGAAGCUUGAUGAUUUUGGGAAAAUGGUCACUGUUCAACCUGAUCGUGAUUUCUCAAUUCCCGAUAAUCAGAGUGAUGAAGAUCGAGAUGACGAUUCUGAGGCGAUCUUUCAACAUGGACUUAAUUUCUCCCCUGCUGAUGACCAGGGUGACGAGAAAUCGACGCCUGUGGUAACUUUCAACUCACAUGAUGAUACCGUUGACACCAUCCCAUCUACGUAUCCAAUGACGCCGACCGUUGAUGACGAUAAGGAUGAAGGGUCAAUCAUAGAGAAGGAAACACCUGAUUUUUCAGAUGACGACGUGAUGCCACCUUCUUUGCUAGACGAGUACGAUGAAAUGUCACCAAAUUAUAAUGGACGUCGUUUGCAACCGAAUUUCAGAAGUGGGUUACUGACACCUUAUGGGUAUUACCAUAAUUACAAUUGGGACAAUGUUCGGGUACGAUACCCAUGGAAUAGAUCGAUGGCAUACUACGACAACAUAAUGGCACAAUAUUUUCAAGAAAAGCCUUAUUUGAGAAGUAGACGAUCUAUUGAAUCCACGCAAUCGAAGCAAAUCGAUCGUGAGAAUGUUUCAUCCGAGAAUGUUCAUCACAUGUUGCGAAACCUUAUGGACCUGCGAACAUUUCUCGAAGCCCAGAAGACAAUAAAGGAGAAACAAAUAAACGAGGAAAGAAGGCAACGGUCAAAUUUGAGGAUGGAUCUUCCAGCUCGCUUAAACUAUCUCCAUAAUCGUUUUUCAUACGUUAACAAUAUACAGCACGAUCUUGUCUCUAGCGAGGAUUCCGUAAAUUCCGUAGAAAAUCCAUUGAAAUUCAAACCGUCUAAUCCAAUUAGAAUAAAUUCCUUAUAAUAGGCGUACUGAUACUUUAAGCACCACAUACGCAUUACGUUUAAUGAAUUGUAAAGAAAUAUUUAUAAGUCGAGAGCUCUUCUGCAAUGUAAUUGCGGUAGGAACUUUUUCAUGUAAACGUAACGAUCGACAUAUCGAAGAAAAGACUUCUUUUGUGAAACUUC